UCGUUGCGUGAUUGCUGUCCAUCUCCGGUGCUGCGAUUCGCUGGUGUGUCGGAACUUCGGUCGUGUCUUGGGUGUUCAGUGGCGAUGGAGGGCGGGCGCAUUGACGAACUUGGGAAGCUGACGACGGCGGAGAGGACGGCAGUGGCAGCUGUUACCGCGGUCCUCUUCCGUUGCCAGGUGGAGCGGACGAUGGGGAGACUGAAAGCGCAGGUAAGCGUGCCGCGGAGGAAGGCGAUGCAGUGUAUGGCGGUGGAAGGGUUGGACACCGCCGCCAUUUGCGAUGGCGUGCUCCAGGUGUGCUGCGCCUUGGGUUGCGGGGCGAUGCCCAGAGUGCCGCCCAGGUGGUGGAUGAAAAGAAGGACGGGUGGGGCGUGGGAGGAUCUGCGGCAAUGCGAUGAUGUGACGGAGGAAUACUUUCGGGACAAGCUGCGCAUGUCGCCAAGCGUCUUCCGGGAGAUUUCGGAAGCUUUGUCGCCCUUCCUGCAGCGGCGUGAGACCUUCUACAAUGAACCCUUACAGCCUGAUCAGAUCGUGGCGUACGCGUUGUACCGGUGGGCUUUGGGGGAGACGUACGAGAGCUGCACGUGCAACUUCGGCAUGGGCAGAGCUUCGGGUUUGGUGGCGGUGCGGGACGUGACUGCGGCGUUGCUGAUGGUGUACCGUGAGAAGAUAUCAUGGCCUGAGAGGGUGCGCAAGUCGGUUGUCCUCUGUGCAUUCGCUGACAAGGGGUUCCCCAACUGCCAUGGGUGCAUCGACUGCACUCAUAUCUACAUAGACAAGUCGGCGAACGCCCCUGGCGAAGACUACUACGAUAGGAAACGAUGUUUCUUAGUCGUGGCGUAGGUGGUCGUCGAUCUCAACUUGCGUAUGCUAGAUGUU